AUGACCGACCCCGACGAGGGGAGAAAAAAUUUCUAUGAGGAAAUGGCACGCCCUCCUGGCGACUCUGCCGAGGAUGGACAAGCCGCUUGUGCUUGGCAACUUCAAUGUUCGCGUCGGGACAGGAUACCGUCUCCCCCUGAACAACACCUUCUUCCGCCUCCCGACAUGGGCGUGGGCCAGUCUGAUGCACCCACAAUCGCGGUGCUAGAAGCUGCUGGACUAUGUGCUCGACCGGAGGCGAGAUCGACAGGACGUGUUGGUGACCAAGGUGACCUGCGCCGCCGCCGACCCAUUGCCCAAGAAAAAUGACAAGACCAUGUAUGCGACCGCCGUGGGUUAAUCUGACGACAAAAAAGACCAUGAAGAAGAAACAGAGACUCUGGAAAAAGUAUUUGCAACUUCGACAUCCAAGGUCACUCACCGAAUAUAAGGAUCAGCGCAAUAAAUGCCGUAAAGAAAUACGGGUUGCUAGAACUUCUUUCGAGCGCCGACUGAUAGCAGAAUCCAUUACAUGUCCCAAGAAGUUUUACGGGUACAUCCGCAGUAGGAGGAAACAUUGGGACGAAAUUGCGUGUCUAAAGGAUAGCCUCGGAAACUUAGUAGUUGGAGGGCCACAGAAAGUGCGAUUACUGUCUCAGUUUUUUCAAUCGGUUUUUAUGGAGGAGUCCUCAGAAGACAAUCAGCAGUUUGAAAUGGACUGAUACAGCCGGGAGCUUCAAAUGCGCCAAGAUAUUGCCGUCAUUGAAACCGUCGCCUUUUCCUUCGAAGAAGUCAGACGCGUCCUCAGUCAAAUAAAACCUGAUAAGUCUCCUGGACCCGACGGAAUUCCCGGACUAAUGCUUGAGGAGCUAUCAACGGAAUUGUCAAAGCCUCUUUCGACUCUCUUUGAGAUGUCAAUGAGAACAGGAAGGCUGCCCUCACAGUGGAAGACAGCUAACCUCGUUCCAUUGCAUAAAGGAGGUAGCAGGGUGACUGCAAGCAGCUUUAGGCCUAUUAGCUUAACUUGCCUCCCAUGCAAAACGAUGGAAGCUAUAGUAAAGAGCGCCAUACAGCAAUUUUGUGAAGAAAAUAACAUCUUGCAGGAUUUUCAACAUGGCUUCCGGAGAGGACGUUCCUGCCUCUCAAAUCUGCUAGCUUGUCUGGAAAUCUGGACCAGGGCUCUAGAAGAGGGUUUUGAGGUCAAUGUCGUAUACAUCGAUUUCCGCAAAGCUUUCGACAUUGUCCCGCAGCAACGUCUUCUUCACAAAUUGAGCGCCAUCGGCAUCCGGGAAGAUCUUCUGAACUGGAUUAGGGCGUUUCUGGUUGGUCGGAAACAACGUGUCUGUAUCGGGGAUGAUAUGUCAGAAUCGGUGAAUGUGACCAGUGGUGUGCCGCAAGGCUCAGUUCUGGGACCAUUGCUCUUCAUCCUUUACGUUAACGAUAGCCUUCAGGAACUCGACUGCGGCAAAAUAAUGUUUGCAGACGAUGUUAAGCUCUGGCAAGUCAUUAAGGGUCCGAAUGAUCAGAGAUCCCUUCAAGAUAAUCUGCACCGACUGCAAGCGUGGUCGAAGAAAUGGCUUCUAGAUUUCAAUGUGGAGAAGUGUGCCAUCCUUCAUCUGCGUCUAACCAACUCUCAUUCAAAUGAGAGCCUGAGUAUAUAUCACCUGAAAAAUAUAAGGCUCCCCGCAGAAUCUUCACAGAAGGAUCUCGGGGUUUGGAUACAGAACAACCUGAAACCAACACUGCAGUGCCACAAGGCUGCAAAAAUCGACAUGGGAGUGCUGCAUGCAAUAAAAAGGGCUUUCGUAAAUUUUGACCAAGACCUUUUUGGGAGAGUUUACGGCACAUUUGUUCGGCCCCACUUAGAAUAUGACAUACAAGCAUGGCGGCCAUGGCUGGUUAAGGACCAAGCAUGUCUCGAACGAGUACAACGGCGUGCAACAAAGCUGGUAAACGGUCUAAAAAGCCAAUCCUACACAGAAAGACUGAAUUGCCUUAAUUUAUUCCCUCUGUGUUACAGGCAGCAAAGAGGUGAUCUUAUCCUCAUCUACAAGAUAAUACAUGACGUUAAGCAUGGGCUUACAUUUGAGGACAUGUUUCAGUGGCACCUUUCACCCAAUCUUCGUGGUCACUCGAUGAAGUUACGGAUAACAAUGUCCAGGCUGAAUCUUCGUUCUGAAUUUUUCACGCAGAGGGUAGUGGAGAAAUGGAACGAUCUUCCUCAGUCAGUCGUGGAGGCUAAGUCCCUGCAACUCUUAAAGAAACGCUUGGAUGAUUAUUUGUGUCCCCUUCUUUCCCUCGACAGUCUGAAUCUGAAUUGAUACCCCAGGUCCAGACAAAUAUUUUCUUUGAGACAAUGCUACUCAAAUGAACCAAGUACUGUUUUAAUAGUAAACAUGUUUUGUUCGUGUACAGUUAUUUCUAACGAGCUGACAUGUAAUCAAUAGGGUUUUCAAAGGCUUUGCCUAUUAUCCUUACAAAUAAACUGAAAAAAUAAACUGAAAAUAUGAGGUUCCGGCUGCAACAUCAUAGGAGACCGCAGAGUGAGCGGCCACCAGGUAAUUUAAAUACUCUUUUGUUGAAUUUUCCUGUUCACCGCUUCGAUCUCAGCAAACGCCUGGUCCAGCGCCUAGAGGGUCCAGGCGACAGCGCUACCGUAGAGGCACAGUGAUAUCAACUGCGGAACACUAUCCCCUCCUCCACUCCUCCUAGGCGUCCUCGGCUGCGGUCGUCGUCAACACCAAGACUGGCUUAAUGACAACAAUGUAAACACCAGCAACUUACUCACUGAAAAAAGCAGACUGCGAAAACCUAACCGACACAACCAAAACGGCCUUCUACGGAUUUGCCGUCUGAUGCAGCAACGACUGCGGGAGAGGCAGGAUGCUUGGGUAGGUCGAAAGGUUAAGGGAAUCCAAGGAUACGCGGACCGCGACUAAGCGGAAAAUUCCUUCAUUUAAAUCAAGUCAGUUUCAACAUUCAAGAGAACCGUGCCGCUGCUCGGCUCCGACGAAACAACGCUGCUGAUGGAGAGAUCUCAACUUCUUAAACGCUCAGCCGAGCACCUCGAAACGAUCUUUAACUGCCCAUUCACGAUCUCCGGCACCGUCAUUCACCUUUUUCCUCAGUUAACAACGAACAAUGACUUGGGCCUCUCGUCUUCCCUUCAAGAAACCCUCAGAGCCAUGCAGUAGCUCUCCGGCGAGGAAGCAUUGCGAUCCGACGCGAUCCCGGUCGAAGUCUACGAGCAUGGCGGACCCCGACUGACGAAUCAACUUACAAUGCUCUUUCAAGAGAUCUAGUGCCAGCGGCAAGCUCCCCUGGAAUCUCGCUGCUCAGCACUGCUGGGCAGAUCUUCUCUUGCAUCCUUCUUAAUCGACUCGACGAUCAUCUAAAAUAAACGGACUUUGCCCAGAAAGCCAGUGUGGCUUCCGAUGACACUGGGGAACCAAGGACCUGAUUUAUAACGCUCGCCAGCUACAAAAGAAGUGCCAUGAAAAUGUGGGCUCACCUUUACACUGAUUUUAUGAAUCUGACUACAUUCUACGACACAGUGAAUGCCAAUGGGCACUGAGAAUUCAUGCAGAAGUUUGGCUGUGCCGAGCGAUUCACGCACGCUGUAUGUCAGCUCCAUCACGGGAGGACGCGCAUCAAGGACUAUGCGACCGCCUCUGAAACAUUGGCAGUAACCAACGGCAUAAAGCAGGGUUGGGUUCUCACCCUAACCCUUUUCAGCUUCAUGCUUUCUGCCGUGCUGAUGGACGUGUACCGUGUACCGUGGGACCGGCACCGUCUACAGGGCCGACGGCCGUCUUCUCAAUAGCCGGCGCAUGCAGGUCCCCAAUGCGUCAUGGGGCCGCCUACGCUAAUCAAUCCACGAAAUUCAAUUACCCCCAUCUUAGCUGUCUCCGGAGAACACUAAAGCUGCGGUGGCAAGACAGGAUCCCGACACGGAAACCUUUCAACGGACCGGAAUCUUCAGCAUCUAUGCCGUGAUGAGGCAAAUGUUACUACGAUGGAGCAGCCACCUCGUGAGGAUGGGCGAUUGGCGGUUACCAAGUUGAUUCUUCUAUGACGAUGUCGCUACGACUACUCGCCGACAAGGAGGACAAACCCGACACUAAAAGGACAUCCUGAAGAACUCUGCCAAGCACUUGCAAAUUCACCCGGACACCGGGGAAGUCUUCGUCCAGGACCGAUCGAACUGAAGAAGGACAGAAAAUGCUGGAAGGGUGAUGUUUAAGGCCAACUUGAUCGCAACCGCCAAAGCCAAAAUUGCAGCUCGGAAGUCUCAAGCGCCUACGACACACGAUGCCAACAUCCUCACGCUACCAACGAAAAUUCCGCGCGAAGAUCGGCCUCGUUGGGCAUCUCCGGACCCAGUGCCAAAAUCCAACAACCCCGCCUACUGUCCCCACAAUAACUCCCAUCGUCAUCCCUGCACGAGUCACCACGGCGUCCACGACCGCGAUUACCCCCGCCGACUGUGAUCACACCCCUGAUGCCCUGCCGCCGUCGAUCACCGCCAAGCCCAUCAUUCCUGCCACAACCUCUACGAGAACGAUGACGGCCGCCUACCCUCCCACUCCUGUUACAGAUGGCAACACUGCAAACGCCAAGUCAACCGCUACCCUCACCACCACCAACCUCGACUUAGGCUCGUCCACAUUACGGUCGUAA